AUUGGCUGGGAUCCGGUGAUGACGUUUCAGGACACGGGGAGGACUCUCGCAGACAAACAACUUCUAGAUCAAAACAAUCUCUGAAGAACAGCAGCAAAACAGAAGCCAGAUCUUUUUCUGUACAGCGGCCACACCCGAAGAAAAAUACACUUUUUGGUCAGAUCGCAAUAGAGGCGAAAAGAUGAUUGGAAAGAUUCUCUCUCAUCUGCUUGGAAAUGUUGGCGAGGACUUUGAGGCAGCAGACAAUACGUAUGAGGAGCUGAUGGAGUUUGAGGAUGGAGGAUGGGUCAUCAUUAAUCUCCCAGAGAACGGGUCGCUCUCGGUCCCUGAGGUAGAUCCCCUUGAGAACCUGCUGAUUGAGCACCCCAGCAUGUCUGUCUACCAGAUGGGAUGCAGGAUCGGUGGAGCAGAGGAGGAGGAGGAGGAGCUAGGGUCUGACGAAGAUGAAGAGGAAAUUUCCAGGCCAGUGGCAGUGAGGCAACACAUAUCUUGGCGUCUGGCUGCUUGGGGAAUCCCUCUGCCCGACAACAUCCAGCUGCUGGCCGUCCAGAGGUCCAGGACCGUGGCCGAACGGAAGAAGCUGAGCCGCAGCUCCCUCCACAGGCAGAACCUGGCUAAGCUGCGAUUCUCCCCAGCAGACAAGCGCUACGGCUACUUCAAGCAGCCCUGCCAGCGCCUCUACAACUACUGAAAAGGAGUAAUGAAACUGGUGUGGAACACGGUGCCUAGACUCUGAAAUACUCUGAUUUCACUGCAACACAAAUUUUUAUUUUGAUAUUAACCUGCACUGCAACCUUUACAUCUGAAAGCGCUGAGAACAAUGAACCUCAAUCACCUGAUAUCAUGAAUGAAAGUAAACAAACACGGUUACUUUCACAGACAAAGUCUAUGUGUUGAUUUUACAUUAUCAAUGAGAACAUUUGAGUUGUUUGACUUGUUUAGAUUGAUUAGGUGUGUGAUGUUAUUUUAAAGGAGCUGUUACUGUUACAGUGUGUGACACUGUUCCAAUACUUUGCUCUAAAUUAUGAUACACUUGGAUUUUUGGCACAUUUUGUUUGGGAUUCUUUGGUUGUAUUCAGUAUGUAUUAUAUUAUGUGCCUUAGUUUGAGAUGUUCUUGUGACAAACUAGUUUCAUACCAUGUUCACCUGUAUAGUAUUCACAUCAUGUGAAAACAUUAUGUUCCUUUUUUCUCAAAUUGAGUCUGCAUUAGGAACAAUUACAAAACCACAGAUUUUUCCAUUUCGUAGUUUUCAGCAGAUGCUUCCUUUUUUCAUGCUACACAAAUUGUUCAUUUUAGUCUCACAAGUGUAAAUACAGUUGAUUGUUUUUCUAUUUUUGUGUAUUUAUAAAAUGUACAAAAAAACCAAAAACUUCAAAUAAAUCCUGUUUUCUUAA